AUGGGGAAGAAGGAAACACUCACCAUGAAGACUCUGAUUGCUAUCGGUGCGAUCGCGACGGUUGCGACCGCCGCCAACGCCCAGAUCGGCCGCGCCGUCUCCGCUGACGGCCUGGACAACUUCCUCUCCGAGACCAUCACGGUCGCCCCCGGCUACGACGGCAACGCGAUGCUCGGCCCCGCCUUCGGCUCCACCACCUGGGCGCCCGGCGACAUGUUCGGCAUCACGUCGCGCCCCGCCGCGAUGGACACGGAAUUCGACAUCCCCUUCGCGAUGGCCGACGACUCCAACGGCUCGUUCCCCGGCGACACCGCCGGCAUCAUCGACGCCAACGACAACGGCCGCUUCUUCGGCAUCGUCGACUCCGUCAACGGCGACAACCCCGCCGGCAACGGCACCGCGUCCUGGAGCUUCGACAUCACCGGCGCGACCGGCCUGUCGGUCAACAUCGACUUCGCCGCCAUGGGCGACUUCGAGUCCUCCAACGACCUCGUCGGCUUCACCUGGUCGAUCGACGGCUCCACCCCGGCCGCGCUGUUCACCGGCUCCGUCGACGAAGCCGGCGCCUUGGACUACACGCUCGCCGGCGGCGCUGUCGUCAACCUGUCCGACCCCUUCCUCAUCAACGGCAACGUGCUGAACAACGUCUUCCAGACGCUCAGCGCCGGGAUCGCCGGCUCCGGCUCGACCCUGACCAUCGCGUUCGACGGUCAGUUCGAUGGCGGUUCCGAGGCCUUCGCCUUCCGCAACAUCGAGGUCGUCCCGACCCCGGGUACCGCCGCGCCCGCCCUCGCUUCGGGGGCGGGCCUUUCUUAUGCGCGGGCGACGCCCGUUCCCGCCCCCGGCAAGUGGAUCCGGGGCCUCGCCCCGGACAUGCGGGCCCACAAGGCCGCCUCUCGCAUCCUCGACAUCCGCCUCCGAGCCGCGAUCGAGACGUUCGAGUGCGCGCAGUCCAACGGCGCCGAAGAGCCCGACGCCAUCCGACGCGCACGCGUCGCCACCCGACGGGCCCGAUCGGCCCUGGACGCGUUCCGCAAACUGCUGCCGCGAAAGGCCGCCAGGAAGCUCCGCCGCCACCUCAAGGCGAUGCGCCGCCUCGCGGGCGAGCCGCGCGCCCUCGGCCUCGAGCGAGACGCCCUGCUCGAGCUCAUCCACGACCUGUCGCCCGAAGCGAGCGCCGGCGCCGCCUACGCGUCGGGGGUCCUCGACGAGCGCCGGCCCGCGGCCCUCUCGAGACUCCGCGACGCCGAAUCAGUCGAUCUUGAGGAUUACCGCAAGCAGUCGAUCGCCUGCCUCAAGGCGCUCGGCUCGAUCGACUCGGACCGCACCCUCGCGAAGCACGCCAAAAAACCCGUCGGAUCCGCGCGAAGCGCCCUCGCCGAUCACGUCAGUGCGCCCCUCGACACCCUCGACCGACUCCACGAGCUCCGCUUGCACAUCAAACGCCUGCGGUACACGGACGAGCUCUUCCGCUGCUGCACGGACGCCGAGGAGUUCGACCGCCUCUACCCGGCAAUGAAGGCGGUGCAGAAGCGGCUCGGCGAGCUGAACGACACCCACGAGCUGCACGCGUGCGUCGAAUCCAUGGCCGAGCAACUCGACUCGAAUCACCCGAUCCGCGCCGCGCUGCUCGCCCUCGCGAGCGAGCUCGAGCGCCGGCGCGACGAAGAACGCGACCGCCUGCUCGCGUGGUGGAACGACCCGGACGCGGACGAGCCGGCCGCGCUCCGCGAAGCGCUGGGGCUCGAUGCCGGCGUCGAAUCCCCUACACUUGAGCCGCCGAGCAUCGAGCGAUGCAUCGACCGGGCCAUCGAGACCGCGGUGAUCCGAAGCCAGCAGAACGGGGCGCUCGAGGAGGGCGGCUACCGCACCCUCGACGACGAAAAGGUCAUGGCCCGCCUCGGCAAGGGCAUCGCCACCACCGGCGCCAUCGCCGAGGACUCGAUCCAGCUCGCGGCCGAGACCGUCAACCGCAUGCGCCACAUCGCCGAGGGGUACAACGUCUCGUGCAUCCGCGCGAUCGCGACCGCCGCGGUCCGCGACGCGCACAACGGCGACGAGGCCGUCAAGGCCAUCGAGAGCUGCGCCGGCAUCCGGAUCGAGCGCAUCAGCGAGGACUACGAGGCGAAGCUCGCCUACCGCUCCGUCGCCGAGGCGUUCGACAUCAACGCCCUGAACACCGCGAUCGUGGACGUCGGCGGCGGCUCGACGGAGAUCGUCAUCACCGUGAAGGGUGUCGUGGAGCACGUCUACUCGCUCCCGCUCGGCGCCGUCCGCCUCACCGAGCAGUUCGGCAAGCUCGACGACCCCUUCGACCAGCAGUACUUCGACAUGCGCGCCUUCGUGAAGCGCACGCUCAAGGAGAACAUCCCCAGGCCCGAGGUCCCGCUCCACUGCGUCUUCGGCACGGGCGGCACGUUCCGGGCGCUCGGCUACAUCUCCGUCUGCCGCCAGACCCCCGGCGCCGCGUCGGACGUCACGCCCAUCGCCGUCCGGGGCCACGAGAUGCAGGCGGACGAGAUCCGCCACAUCCUCCACUGGGUGCGCAAGACCGCCGCCGACCAGCGCGCGAGCAGCAUCCCCGGCCUCUCGCCCGACCGCGCGGACAUCGUCCCCGCGGGGAUCCUCAUCAUCGAUCGCGUCAUGAAGCGGCUGGAGUGCAACCGCGCCCUCGUCCACGACCGCGGCAUCCGCGACGGCCUGCUCCUGGAGCUGCUCGACGACCUGCCGGACGUGCACUCCGAUUCGUCGAGCAAGCGCCAGCGCACGCCGAUCGACUCGGCCCGCACCUUCGCCCAGAAGUGCAACUACGAGGAGCAGCACUCCGAGCACGUCGCGACCCUCGCGACGCGCAUCUUCGACCAGCUCGUCGGCCUCUCGAACGCGAACGGCGAGGCGUGGGCGACCGACGAGAGCCGCGCCCUGCUCGAAGCGGCGGGGGUGCUCCACGACAUCGGAUACCUCAUCAACUACUCGAAGCACCACAAGCACGCCUACCACCUCAUCGUCCACUCCGACCUCCCCGGCUACACGAGCCGCGAGCUGGAGAUCGUCGCGAACAUCGCCCGCUACCACCGCCGAUCCGAGCCCAAGCCGGGCCACCCGCGCUUCAUGCGCCUCGCCAAGCCCGACCGCGAGCUCGUCCGCCGCCUCGCCGGGAUCCUCCGGAUCGCCGACGGCCUCGACCGCACGCACACGCAGCACGUCAAGGACGUCGUCCUCGAGCUCGACCACCCGACGCUCACCAUGUACGCCGUCGCGGACGAGAUCCCCUCCGUCGACGUUUGGGGCGCCGAACGCAAGAGCAAGCUCUUCCAGGACGCCUUCGGCUUCGACCUGCGCUUCCAGUGGCGGCCCACCUCGCCCGAAAAGCCCGCGCAGCAAAUCCCACCAAGAGCCCAGCAUGCCGAGACGCCCUGA